AGCUGCUUACACUGACCUACAGUUGGAGAGUCUACACUGCAGCCUGGAUUCACACACACACACAGAGAGAGAGAGAGAGAGAGAGAGAGAGAGAGAGAGAGAGAGAGAGAGAGAGAGAGAGAGAGAGAGAGAGAGAGAGAGAGAGAGAGAGAGAGAGAGAGAGAGAGAGAGUUCUUUUGGGACACUCACUCUCUCCUAUUUGAAGGACUGAGCCUCAUCAGCUUCAUCAGUAUUUGGAGCUGAACCGCUGUACCAGCCCGUACUGCAGCACCUCACUGAAGACAGGCUCUCAUAGUUACUGGCAUCUGACAGAAAAAAAAGAAAGAAAAAAAAAGAAGACCGAUAAGAACAAAAGCCAGAGUGUGACUUUGACUUCAAAUCAAAGCAAGUGUGUUAAGUGAGAAGACUUGUUCCAUACUGCCACAGCCAUGGCAGACAGUGUGAUUGAGGAGUCAGACUACUACCCUGGGAAGGAUGAAUUGGACUGGGGAUAUCAAGAAGUAGGUAAAGAACUUAAAGAAGGUGUAGAGUGGGGUUUGCUGUUCCCUGAUGCCAAUGGGGAGUACCAGUCACCCAUCAACCUGAACUCCCGGGAGGCGCGUUAUGACCCCUUGCUCCUGGACGUGGGGCUAACACCCAACUACGUUGUGUGUCGGGACUGUGAGGUCAUCAACGAUGGACACACCAUACGCAUCAUGCUGAGGUCCAAAUCAGUGGUAACUGGUGGACCGUUGCAAAUUGAUCAUGAGUACGAGCUGCAUGAGGUGCGCUUCCACUGGGGCAAAGAGAACCAGCGGGGCUCAGAACACACCGUCAACUUUAAGGCCUUCCCCAUGGAGCUCCAUCUGAUCCACUGGAACACAACCCUGUUCAACAGUGUGGAGGAAGCCCUGGGUAAGAAGAACGGAGUUCUCAUCAUCGCUCUGUUUGUGCAGAUAGGGAAGGAGCAUCUGGGGUUGAAGGCCAUCACAGAAGUGCUGCAGGACCUACAAUACAAGGGGAAGACCAAGAUCAUACCGUGCUUCAAUCCCAACACACUACUUCCUGACCCUCUCCUGAGAGACUACUGGGUGUAUGAGGGCUCCCUGACCACCCCUCCAUGUAGUGAGAGCGUCACCUGGAUCCUGUACCGCUACCCACUCACCAUCUCACAGUUACAGAUAGAGGAGUUCAGGAGGCUCAGGUCCCAUCUGAAAGGUGCUGAUCUACCUGAGGGGAACGAUGGGAUGUUGGGAGACAACUUCCGCCCCUCUCAGCCCCUCAGCGACAGGACCAUCCGGGCUGCCUUCCAGUGACACGCUCCUUCCCCCGUCCAUCCUCCAUGGGGGAUCUUUAGCCCCACGUUUAACAGACAAGUGUGCUGGAGUCAGAGCAGAUCCCCACCAGCUGCAACCUGUUCCAUAAUCAAGACCUCUACAAAUACUCAGCCUUGCCACUUCCACGCUGCCAGAUCGUAAUCUCUGCUCAUUCUGCGCGCUGUGACUCUGGUCCCUGUCUCCAGUCUCCCGUCUCGUCAUUCUACUACUCUGUCCUGGAUUCCCCACUCUACUAUCCCCUUGGAAUCCCCUCCGGACCUGCUUAGCCUGUCUCAACCUCUCUCGCUCCAGCCUCAGCAUCCUCACCUUGUUUCCAGCAACCCGCCUGAGCUUCCCAUGACCUGCACUCCAUCUCCCCCCUGUGUUUCAAUAAAUACCUUGGUUAUUUCAUCCCAGUCUCCUCGUCUGAGUCUGCUAAUGGGUUCCACUCCGCGUAACAGGUAUAAGGAUUCAUAAGGAUUAUGUGACAUAAAGUGUGCCUGAAAAUGUAAUUUCUAGCUCUGUAACCAUCAUAGCGCAUAUACAGAAAACAGGAUAAUAGUUUGUGGAUUUAAGAGUGGAAAAUAUUAAUAUUAAUAUUGCACAAUGUCAAGCAAAUCUAACCCAAAACAUAGGACUUGUAAAAAUAACCCUUUGCUCCUCUACCCGCUACCUCUGUUUCCAAACCCAGUCGUAGCGGCGACAUGAUUGCUGGAAUGUUCCAACAUCUGCAAAAUAUUCCCUUUUUUUUAUUUUAUAGUGAGAAAGAGAGUGAAACGAGAGAAAGGAGGGGAGAGGGAGAAUGGCCUUGUUGAAUCAGCUGGAUGGCUGGAAGUUAUGUUACAUUGAAUCCCCUGGACUGGUAGCUACAGAUUGUAACACCAGAUUUGGACCACUAUUGUUACGAAUCCCGCCGAGGAUGGUGCCUCUUCCCGUUCGGGCGGCGCUCGGCGGUCGUCGUCUCCGGUCUACUAGCUGCCACCGAUCCCCUUUUCUGUUUUCUUUUGAGUUGGUCUAAUUUGUUUCACCUGUUUUGUGUUUAGGGUAGGGGGGUAUUUAAACCCAGUUGGCCCGCCGACUUUUGUGCGGGCUUGUUUUUCUGUUUGUGUUGGUGGUGUUUCUUAUAGUGGAUUUCAGUCCUAUUUUUAUCGGACAGUAUUUUGACGGCCCGUUGUUUGUGUGGCGUCGCCGUUUAUGUGAUUAUUUCUGGAAGAAAUAAAUAUCCACUUUAUUGAGAUUACCCUGCUCUCUGCACCUGACUCUUUCAUUCCACCAUUGGAACUGUUACAACUAUAUUGGUAGUUACAGAAGUGGCUGUACAAAAUGUUGCUGGAGAUUUUUCAACUAACCUGGUAUUUGCGAUACUAUCUUCGUCCUCGAAUCGUGGAAACAGGCAUUUCAUAAAAUGGCUGUGUCCAGUUUCAGGGGGUCCAUUUGAAUCGAUAAAAUGCUCUGUUAAAAUAAAUAAAUGUUUGUUUGGUCCAUGAAGUAAUCCAACAAUGUGUACACCAUCAUCUCAUCUUUUUCAAAUCUUCUCUCAUUGAUUGAGACAGGGGGGUCCACCCCAAAGGGCUGCAUGCCAGGAUGACAGAAGCCUGUCUCGAUUAAUGAGAGAAGAUUUGUAAAAAGAAGAUGACGGCAUACACAUUGUCGCCAAUACCAGGUUAGCUCAAAAAUGCCAACGUUUUGUAGAGCCACACCUGUAACUACCAGUAUAAUGGUCCACAUUUCUGUGGUUAAAUCACAUUAUCUGGUGUUACAAUUUAUAGCUACUGGACUUGGAGGGAGCUCACAAAGGCACGAUUUUACUCUGUUGAUGAAGGCAGCGCUGACAGACCAACCAGCUGGCUUCACCUUUGACCUGGAACAUAGCCAUUUGCUGUUGGCUGGUACAAGAUGUCUCCAUGCUCUGGAAGGAGAGACAUGAUUGGCUCUGAUCCAAUAUCCACACUAACAGUAGUAUACUAGAUGGAAGCGCUGGAUUGGUCAUGCAUUCUUACUGGUGUGAUAGCAGGCUUCAUACAGGUAUGCAUACUUAGCUUGGGGCAUGUCAUUGUACUGUACUGUCAUGGAGGUUGUGUAAUAAGUAGAAAAAUGUUAAUCAACUAACACCUGUUCCUAGGGAUUUUCAAAAUAUGGAAAAUAAAUGUACAGUACAUUACUUUAAAGAAAGAUGCUGUUAAAACCGCACUGUCUCUCAGAAUAGGAAACACACUAACAAGCAGAAACAUAUGUAGUUCUGUAUAAUAUACAUGGGCAGGUCAGGUUUAAUGACCUCAGGUCAGGUUUAAUGCCGUAUAAUCUCAGAUGUCUCACAGGCUGAUAUUUGUUGAGAUAUUUCCGUCAGCUUCUGGCUCCUGUCCUCGCAGUAUUAAACACAGUGUUUUUGUGUUUUUCGAUAUCUGCUUAUCUAGCAAUAGGAAGCAUGACAAUAGACGAUUAGACCACAGUGUGCCCUUUCUUGUAAAAACAAAGGAGACAUCCAUCAAAGGUAAAUGACCUUUUAAGGGCUAUAGACAACACAGUACAGCACAGGGUUGUAGGCUAUGAAAAUGAAACAAUGAAGACUUGAAUUUUGUUGUGAUGUUUUUAGACAUUUUAAGGUUCUGUAGUUCUUGUACUGACUAAUGUGAUAAUGAUGAUAAUGAUGAUAAAGAUUACUCUUACUGUAACUUAACAAUAAAGGUCAAACUGUUAGUAGUAA